UUAAGAAACCGCCUCCCUCCACCCAACCUCUUCCUCUCUCUCUCUCUUUGGAGUACCUAAAGUGGACACAGCCUCUUCUUCUUGCUCUACCAGGAGUAUUUUACAACUCCACGGGGACGGAAAGCUGUUUUGACAUCUACGAGAUGUACCAUAGAUGUUCCGAUCCAACCGGCUGUGGCUUAGGCCCCAAUGCUGAAGCUUGGGAUUAUCAGGCCUGCACCGAGAUCAACUUAACGUUCGACAGCAACAACGUGACCGACUUUUUCCCGGAGCUGACCUUCCCGGAGGCCGCCCGGGAGGACUACUGCUACCGCAAGUGGGGCGUCUGGCCCCGGCCAUCGUGGCUGCGCACCAACUUCUGGGGCAGCGAUCUGGCUGCUGCCAGCAACAUAAUCUUUUCCAACGGAGACUUGGACCCCUGGGCUUCGGGCGGCGUGCGGAAGAACCUGAGCUCCUCCGUGGUCGCCAUCACCAUCAAAGGGGGUGCCCAUCACCUGGAUCUCCGGAGCUCCAACCCAGCUGAUCCCGCCUCGGCCAGGGAAGCUCGGCUGCAGGAAGCCAGGAUCAUCCAGGGGUGGGUGGAGACGGCCACCCUCAAGACCACCAAGUAGCAUCUGAGUUGCCAGCCGGGGUCUUCACAAAAGCCCCCCACCCGGACCGCUGGGCGGGAAGGGAAACGCAGUGUCCUCUUUAAGCAGUGACACUUUCCUGCGACGGUGCUGAAGAAUAAGGAAUAAAACCCCUCCAGGACUUCUUUUCUUCACCUGUUUCGAAGGAAGGAUCUGGGGGCCGGGGGAAGAGUUCAAAUUCAGGGCUUAGAUGCAUUGAGAUCGAUGGGUCUAAGUCAGGGGCCCUGGAGGCAACAAGGCUACUCCUCUAAGUCUUCCCUUUGGACCACUAGCCGGGCCUCCCUCCACCCUGGUAGAAACCCGGGAGACCCCCCCCAUCCCAAGGAAAAGCGUUUCUUUCCUUUGCCAACUUGGUUCCCCUCUGGAGUUCUUCCUGGAUCGCUAUCAAGGGAUGGUCGUUUCUCACCCCUUCUGGCAGGAAAAGGAACACGUAAGCGGUCAGCGGCACAGAAGAAUGCAGCCUCUCAAAAUAAAAUUGGAAGUUUUA